AUGGAUUCCAGGUAUCCCACACUAUCAUGUGGAAUAGACGCACUUUUACAACCAAUGGCUCCCUACAAUGACAACGCGUUCAAUCCGUGUUUUCUAAUGCAUGUAUUGGCAACUUUUGCCACAGUAAAUAUCAUUUACGGAGUGCUAGUGUUAUAUAGAACAACAACACGUAUGCACCGAUAUGGCAAUUUUUCUUUGAAGAAUACAGGCAUCGCUCAUUACAUUCGUUUGAAUUCUGUCGCCUUACAAAUAAUAUUGACAGCGUAUCUCAGUUCUUUUAUCACUAUUCAUGAACGAUUUGCUGACCCCAAGCUCCUUGCAUUUGGAUUGCUUAAUGUUCUACUUGUGUUUAUUAUUUUCCCAUUGCAUUUCAUAGAAACGAUAUAUUCACCAGUUCCUUCUGACUUGUUGUUAGUAUUUUGGCCAUUCCUUACAAUUUUCAGUAUGGCAUUGUAUUUUCAAGACAAUUUCACCGACUGGGUUAUCAUUCAGCUGGUUGAUUCAUCUAUCGCAAUUUCUGAGUCUAUACUAGUGAUCAAUUCAGUUUUUGUUUUUGUUUUGGAAUACUCCUACUACAAGCCAAGUCAUGAGUUAAUUUUAGAGUACAAAAGAAGCAAUCGACUGCAACAGCUUUCCGAACCUAACAUCAUCCAGAAAAUCACGUUCACGUGGAUGAAUGAGUUGAUUGUUAAUUCUUACAAGACCCAGACCGUGACAAGUGCAGAGUUACCCAACACACCAGCAGAUAUUUCUACUGUGCAUGCUGCGGCUACAUUAAGAAAACACUGGAAUGGCGGCAAUUUAUCUGUAUGUCUAUUGAAGGCCUUUCACUGGAGACUUCUUGUGUCUCUUUUUUAUGAGUUUGGCGGGAGAAUACCUAACUUUAUACAGCCUCAAUUGUUGAGGUUGUUGAUUCUUUAUUUUAACAUACAAAAACCACCAAUAUUGCGAGGUAUCUUGAUUCCAUUGGGUAUGUUUGUAAAUACAAUGAUACAGACGUCGCUUAGCAACAGAUACAUGCUUACAAAUCUUGAGGUCGGAUUGAAUUGUCGUUCAUCUCUAACAUCCUUGGUAUACCAGAAAGCACUACUAUUGUCCAGUGAAUCAAGAUCCAAGACAAAUUCAGCCGAUAUCAUUAACUUGUUGUCGGUAGAUAUCAACAGAAUUCAAAAAGUGUUGAUGAGCCUUAGUACCCUUGUUCUUGCACCUUUGGAUGUCAUAUUGUGUGUGGCGUCAUUAUAUCCUCUCUUACAUGGUGCUACAUUUGCUGGGGUUGCUGUAAUGAUUCUUUUAAUUCCAGUUAAUGCAGUAGUUGUAAAAUACUACAAGAAUUUGAGUAAGACACAAAUGAAACUUAAAGAUAACAGAUCUAGAGUCAUAAACGAAAUAUUGACGUCAAUUAAAAGCGUCAAGUUGUUUGCAUGGGAAACGCCAAUGCUUAGGAAACUUGCUGAAGCCAGAAACAAAAAAGAGUUGGCAAACUUGAAACGAAUCAGAGGUGUUGGCCAAGGUGUUUUAUUUAUCUGGAAUAUUAUUCCAUUUUUGGUUUCUUUUACUUCGUUUGCCACUUUCGCUUUAACCCUGAAACAAGCAUUGACAUCGGACAUUGUUUUCCCAGCAUUGGCAUUGUUAAAUUUAUUAUCAGGUCCGCUAAUGGAAUUCCCCGCAGUCAUAACAUCGAUGAUCGAGGCCAAUGUUGCCAUUGGUAGAGUGAAAAACUUCUUGUUAAGCGAAGAAAUUGAUGAAUCUAUGAUCAGAAGAUUGCCGCCAACAUCUGGCGAGUCAGUCAAAAUACAAAAUGCUACUUUCCAUUGGACUCGGAAGUCGUUUACUGAUACUCCGGAUCAAACCAGGGAACUGGAUGAAACUAACAAAGACAGAAUCCACAGUUUGAAAGACAUUGACUUUUCAGUGGCCACUGGUCAAUUGAGCUGUAUUGUGGGUAAAGUUGGUAGUGGGAAAACAUCAUUGUUGUAUGCAUUAUUAGGACAAUUGAUAAUGACACAGGGGAAAAAUACAGAAUUGCCACCAUUGAUUGAAAUUAGGGGCACAAUUGCAUACUGUGCUCAGCAACCGUGGAUUAUGAAUGCGUCUGUUAAGGAGAAUAUUGUUUUUGGGUAUAAAUUUGAUAAAGAGUUUUAUGAAAAAACUAUAGAAGCCUGUCAAUUGCUUCCUGAUUUGGCAAUUUUGCCAGAUGGCGACGAGACACAAGUUGGGGAAAAGGGGGUGUCACUAUCUGGAGGACAGAAAGCUCGAUUAGCCUUGGCAAGAGCGGUCUAUGCUAGAGCAGAUGUAUAUCUCCUAGAUGAUAUUUUGUCAGCUGUCGAUUCCCAUGUUGGGAGAAAUAUUAUUGAGAAAGUUUUGAGCAAGAGAGGUUUGCUUGGCUCCAAGACAAUAAUAUUGUGUACCAACUCCAUUUCUGUUUUAAAGUUUGCCGACAAUAUCACUUUAAUUGAGGAUGGAUGUAUAAUAGAAACUACAACAUAUGCCGAAACAACUGCUGAGGGCCAUCCAAAAUUAUUUGAAUUGAUCAAGAAUUUCAGUAAGGAUACUUCUCCCAUACCAAUAGACCUGGAUAGUGUGCCACCUUCUCAGGUGCCUAGUUACAGGAAAGCAAGUAUGGAAAGUUUCCACUGGGAUCCAUUGAAAAAGUUGCUACCCAAUUUGCGCAGUGGCCUGACAGAGGAAGUAAGUCAAAAGGGGAAGGUCAAGUGGGAAGUGUACUUGGCAUAUAUCAAAGCUUGUUCUGUUUAUGGGGGCGCCCUUUGGUUUAUUUUGUUGAUAGUGGCUACUGCUUUAUCAGUUGGAGCCAACUACUGGCUUAAAUAUUGGACGGAGCAGAACUCCGAGGGCCCGAAUAUGCUGAACGUGUGGAAGUUUUUAUUGGUUUAUGCGGGCUUGGGGUUGGGUGCUGCAAUUAUGACGAUUGCUCGAAGUUCGGUCAUGCUUCUUUGGUUGGGAAUCAACGCAUCUAAGAAGAUCCAUGAUAGUAUGGCCCAAAGGGUAUUGAAUGCGCCAAUGCAGUUUUUUGAACGAACUCCUGUGGGGAGAAUCAUGAAUCGGUUUACCAACGAUAUUAACAAGAUUGAUGAUGGCAUCCCACUGAUUUUCCAACGAUUCAUCAACCAGCUUGUCAGAACAGUUUUCACAGUGGGCGUGGUCACUUUAGCCAUACCUGUGUAUUCAUUGAUUAUAUGCAUACUAGCAACCUUAUACAUUUACUAUGAAAUCUAUUACGUGUCUAUAUCGAGAGAGUUGAAACGAUUGGUAUCUAUUUCCAGAAGUCCGAUUUAUGGUCAUUUGGGUGAGAGUUUAAACGGUAUCGACACCAUUCGGGCCUACGACCAAAAAGCUAGAUUUGAUUUUAUAAUGAAUGCAAAUGUUGAUUUCAAUUUGAAAUCAGUGUACAUGUUGACAUCAAUCAACAGAUGGCUUGUUUUCAGAUUGCAUACAAUUGGUGGAGUCGGCGUGUUUUCUGCUGCGAUAUUGUCGAUCUUGAGUGUACACACGGCUCAUCCAUUGUCUCCUGCCAUGGCAGGGUUCGUCAUGACGUAUGCUAUGCAGGUGACAUCUACCUUGAAAAUGCUUGUUCGAACAUCAGCUGAGGUUGAAACGAGUAUAGUUGCUGUGGAAAGAUGCCUUGAAUACACAGAGCUACCUGUAGAGGAGGAACCUAACUUGAAAUUGAUCAAACCUCCUCAGCACUGGCCACAAAAAGGUGUCAUUAAGUUUAAUCAAUACUCGACCCGGUAUAGAGAAAACCUCGAUUUGAUUUUGAAGAGAAUUACAUUUUCUAUAAGCUCAGCAGAAAAGAUUGGGAUUGUAGGAAGAACUGGUGCUGGUAAAAGUUCUUUGGCGUUGGCAGUUUUCCGAAUCAUUGAAGCUGUUGAAGGGAAUAUUGAAAUUGAUGGGAUAAUUACUAGCCAAAUGUUCUUACAGGAUUUGCGUCAUCGAUUGAGCAUCAUUCCACAGGAUUCACAAUUACUAGAGGGAACAAUUCGGCAAAAUUUAGAUCCGUUCAACUAUUAUACAGAUAAAGAGAUAUGGCAUGCAUUGGAAUUAGCUCAUUUAAAAGAGCAUAUCGAAAAACUACCCAAGGAAGAAGGGGCCGAAAAUAACAAGCUACUCAAUCGAGUAACUGAAGGUGGUUCUAAUUUUUCAUCAGGCCAACGCCAGUUGAUGUCAUUGACAAGAGUGUUGUUGAAAAUGAAUGACUCUAAAAUUUUGGUUUUGGAUGAAGCGACAGCCGCCGUAGAUGUUCAAACAGACCAGAUUAUACAGCAGACAAUCAGAAGCCAAUUCAAAAACAAAACUAUAAUUACUAUAGCCCAUAGGUUAGAAACGGUUAUGGACAGCGAUAAAAUUGUCAGUUUAGACAAGGGAGAGUUGAUUGAGUUUGACACUCCGCAGAAUUUACUAAACAAGAAGGAAGGUGUAUUCUAUAGUCUAUGUAAACAAGGUGGGUAUAUUUAA